AUGUUGAAGCAAGUGUUAAAGAAGUCUGCAAAUUGUGUUUGCUUGACAACUGAUUGCUGGACAUCUACUCAAAAUUUCAAUUACUUAUGCCUUACUUGUCAUUUCAUUGAUCCUGAGUGGAAGUUGCAUAAGAGGAUAUUAAAUUUUUGCAUGAUUGAGAAUCAUAGGGGUGACACAAUUGGAAAGACAAUUGAGAAGUGUCUAUUAGAAUGGAGAAUUAAGAAGGUGUUUACCAUAACAAUGGACAAUGCAUCAUCUAAUGACACGGCUUUGUCUUAUUUAAAAAGAAGGCUGAGGAAUUGGAAAGGCAUGGUUUGUGGGGGUGAUUACCUUCAAUUGAGAUGUUAUGCACAUAUUCUUAACUUAGUGGUUAAUGAUGGGUUGAAGGAGUUGAAGAAUAGCUUUGAUGCAAUCUGCAAUGCAAUUAAAUAUGUUUGUUCUUCUCCCGCUCAUCUCCAAAAGGUUAAAAGUGUUGCUAAGUUGCAGAAAUUGGACACUACUAGCCUUGUUUGCCUUGAUGUCAAUACUCAAUGGAAUUUAACUUACUUGAUGUUGGAAUCUACUUUGAAGUUUCAAAAGGCUUUUGAAUGCCUAGAAGAUGAAGAUGAAGAUUAUAUGGGGCAAUUUAUUGAAGGCACUAAGCGUGAAGGCCCUCCUAAAGCUAGUGAUUGGAACAAGGAACGUGUCUUUCUUAAAUUUUUGAAGGUAUUCUAUGACAUAACUUUGAUGUUUUCAAGUUCACUAAAUGUUACUUCUAACACUUGUUUCCAUCAAAUUGCUCUUAUUCAUGAGUUAUUGGAAGAGAAUAUUGUGAAUGUUGAUCCUUUGCUUAUAAAAAUGUCCCUAAGUAUGAGAAGCAAGUAUGAAAAAUAUUGGGGUCAAACAGAGAAUAUGAAUCCUUUGCUCAUUGUAGCGGUGAUUUUGGAUCCUCGGUACAAGCUUGCUUAUGUGAAUCAUAUAUUUAAGCAACUUUUUCCUAAUCUUGAAGUUUGUAUUGCCAUGAAAAUUAUGAUCAAAGAUGUCUUGUACCGCAUGUUUAAUGAGUAUGCUAAAGGACUAGGGUCUACUACCCCAAGCAAUGCUUCUUCUUCUACACUUCCAGGAUCAUCAACAUGUUUAAUGCUUGAAGGCCAAGGGGGUAUAGAUCCAGGUCAUAGGUGGUUAGCAUCUCAGAAAGAAAAAACCUCAUUAGACCCACAAUCAGAAUUAGAUAAAUAUCUUUCAUCUAACUCUGCUAAUGAUACCCCUGUUGAUGAUGAUUUUGAUAUAUUAGCAUGGUAG